AGAAGCGUUCGGCUAAAUUCGGUUGGUCGAUAAUCGUGGUCGGCGAGAUUCGAGGCGUUGAAAGCGUUGAGCAGUGAGUAGGUCAUCGCGCGGAAGUCGUCUCGUUUCGUUCAGUGGAGAUAGGUUGUCCGUUCGUUCAGCGAUUCGUUCACUAGUCACUCGUCAAUUCAACAUUCCAAAGGCCGGAUCAUCUAACUGUCUCUUCGACACCGUAUUCUGAUACUUGUCCGAGAGCGAACGCAAAUUUUCAAACGUCAUCAUGUAUGCCUGCACCAGAUUCAUCGCGCCCGUCGCCAAAUCGACCCUGGUCUCUGGAACUAAAAACUACAUACGGCCGUUGAGCAGUGCCGUGGUGAACCAUAGCCAGUCUGUACAGCAAAACCAGACUCAGAACCCAGUUAGUGCUUCUCCAUUGGCGCAGUCUUCAAUUAUACGUAGUUUCCAAACAUCCGCUAUCAGUCGUGAUAUCGACUCUGCCGCGAAAUUUAUUGGUGCUGGUGCCGCCACCGUUGGAGUCGCUGGAUCAGGUGCUGGAAUCGGUUCAGUGUUCGGUUCUUUAAUUGUUGGUUAUGCCAGGAAUCCCUCUCUUAAGCAGCAGUUGUUUUCAUACGCCAUCCUGGGCUUUGCCUUGUCCGAGGCCAUGGGUCUCUUCUGUCUUAUGAUGGCUUUCUUGCUUUUGUUCGCGUUCUAAGUCAUCAAAAUCGCAUAAAAAACACAAUUCUACUAGUUUUAGUGCAUCACUGCCAAAGCAGCGUCCUUUGGUCCCUGAGAAGGGAACAUCGGUAGCUGCGUUUGGUGCACGGGAUGCCAUGAAAUCAUUAGAGAUGCUCGAUUAUCCGGUUCGACGGGGUGUGCGACGGUACGACAAUGAAUUGAGAAGAAAUGGCGGCUGUACACGUAUAUUUGGAUCGUCGAUCGGACCGUCCUUAACCCCUUCGGGACCUUUCGAACAAAUUUGUAAUCAUUUCAUGGACUACUGUAAUAUCAUGUAGCGUAAAAAAAAUUCACAUUAUUACAAUAACUUAUUUCAGUAUAAUGAAAAACUGCUAAGAACGCAAAAAUUAAAUUAAACGGAUAAAAAAAAGAAAAAGAUACGACAGCCUUGCCUGCAGUACCCCAUGUUGCAAUACGCAUAUUCGUAUGCCCAUCACUUUUAAUUGUUGUGAAAUACUAAAACAUAGUAGUACACAUCGAACAUUUUUGUUACCCCGAAAUUUGUUCAUCAUUGUUGUGCCAUCGCGUGCGCACGUUAUUGAGGUAGCUGGACGAAGAAAACUGUACAGUGAUAUUGAAUAAACACUUGUCGUGACAUUAUUAUUGAA